GACAAACAUAUUCUAUACAAUCAGCUAAUAGGUGCCCUACGACAAAUGUUACGAUUGGCCCUCCUUAAUUGUUGCGACCAGUUUUUUUGGCCUGAUGAUAUGGUGUGUAAUUCUCGAAACCCGUGCGUAAUUCCCAGAACCGCAGUAAGCAGCCUUACGGCCCUUGCCCCAAAUCUUGACUGCUUUCCUCUCGGCUCAGCCCGAGCUCGAGCAUGUGCUCGCGGGAGCAGUCGACCGACAACCACCAACAUCUCUUCUCAUCGGCUGCUGGAGAUGCGGCAACACCUCGCCCCUGUGGCUUCAACCUGGGAAAGGCACCAUGGACAAACAAACUGCUGAUGCCUUCGCCGACCGCGAUGACCCAACUCCACCUUUCCAAGGCAGGCAAAAUGCGAACUCCGAUGAUCUGAAUUCAAGCCGACAUGGACGAUCAGUUUCAAGUGUACGCCAUUCCAUGCAGGAUAGGCUACUCACCAAAAUCCUACAACAAGUCAUCCCGGUCGAAGACGUUAAAGAUGAAUCGGUAUCGGUGGGCGUCAAGUCCGCCCCCGCAGAUGCGAAACGACCAGCUUUUAGCCUACCGGUGAUGGGCAACAACUUCCGACGGUUCAAUGCGAGAAUCGGGAUCGUUUUCCAAUUCCAAACCCAAGUCGAGCGCUUAUUCAGUUGGAAGCAACCGUCUCAUACAUUCUCGUUCCUGUUCGUCUACUCCUUUAUAUGCCUCGAUCCCAACCUUCUCGUUGUGCUUCCGAUCGCGACUGUACUCCUGUUCGUCAUGGUUCCCACUUUCCUUGCGCGACAUCCUCCGCCACCCUCGACCUCAACAUCUAGCAUAACUCCCUACUACUCGUACCAGGGACCAGCAUUGGCACCAGCCAAAACAAUCAAGCCCGCACCGGAGACGUCUAAAGACUUCUUUCGAAACAUGCGCGAUCUGCAAAACUCCAUGGCUGACUUUUCGGACCUGCACGAUUCGGCGGUUUCGGCGCUUGCGCCAAUGACAAACUUCUCAAACGAGAGAUUGUCUUCGGCUGUUUUUCUCGUGUGCACGCUCCUAACUGCCGUCCUGUUUCUUACCUCCCAUCUUAUUCCCUGGAGGUAUAUCAUGCUCGUCGGAGGCAAUGCCUCGAUUCUGUCGAAGCACCCCAACAUCAAAGAGUUCCUUGACAAUAUUGCAGAGGACCUGGGUGGUGACAACGUCAGGUCAGAGCUACCUGCGCCCCCAGACCCGUCACAGUUACCUUUGAUGCGGUUGCUGGGCGACAUUUCAUUGGACUCAUUCCCAGAAGAGCGUGAAGUGGAGAUAUUCGAGAUCCAAUACAGGUCUCUGGCUCCGUACGCGGAGCAGGGCUGGGAAACAUUUCUCUUUAGCCCCGUCCCAUAUGAUCCACUCUCCCCUUCUCGUAUUGCAGGCGGGACACCCAAGGGAUGUCGCUUCUUUGAGGACGUGCAGCCACCGGUCGGGUGGGCAUGGAAAAGCAAAAAGUGGGAAUUGGACCUGGAUUGCCGCGAGUGGGUUGUUGAGCGGAUGAUCACGGGCGUUGGGUUCGAAGUCCCUGGCUCACCUUCGGAAAGCGGUGCGGGCACUGAUGAGAUCGGAGGCUGGGUUUGGGACUUGCCAUCUAUUUCAUCACCCAGGGGCGAUGAUGACGUGGCUUCUGCACUAGGUUAUGAAAGCUUCUCCCAGAAUCCGAGCGACAGGAGGAAGGCGAAAAAGAAGGGAAAGGAGAGGGCGUUUCAGGACAUUGAGGAGAAGGGAAAUACUGGCACGAAUAUCAUGGGCGAGUGGAGGCGAAGACGCUGGGUUCGAAUUGUCCACCGCACCAGCAUGCCGGCUGAGAAGGGGAAGAAUACACCUAGCGACGGUGAUGCAUAGAUGUGUAUCACUAUUCAAAUGAGAGUUAUUCUUAGUCGAUAUCUCUGAAUAAACACGGUUAUAGGUAUCGGCCUCUUCUAAUAAUGUCGUCAAAUAUGACAGGUCAGGCACCGUAGAAACCCUGGCCUUCUCAAAUCCACCUGCUAGUCCACCCUUUACCCUACUUCGUAGAAACAAG